CUUCGACUUUAAAUGCUCUACCAAGUCCCUUACAAGCCCCCUUUCUCUUGAGGCAGAAGAUACAUUAUACUCAGUAAUGGAGCAAAACAACAACAAUGUAGAAGAUUAUUCCUUGAAUGUCUUUUCUGUCACUCCUUGUCAACCAAAUAGAUCUGAUGCCCUAGUGUCAGAUGGGGAUAAAGCUGGCGCUACUCUGCUCUUUUCAGGUGUGUUUUUGGGACUGGUGGGGAUCACUUUCACCGUGAUGGGAUGGAUAAAAUACGAUGGCAUUACUCACCUGGAAUGGACUCAGUUACUGGGACCUAUUCUGCUUUCUGUUGGAGUGACUUUUAUUCUGAUUGCUGUUUGUAAAUUUAAUAUGCUUACGUGCAAGUCCUGUAAAGAAAGAGAGGAAAAUACGUCAGACCUCGACCAGACUGCAAGCGGGCAGUCCUUUGUCUUCACCGGCAUUAACCAGCCUAUAACUUUUCAUGGUGCCACAGUGGUACAGUAUAUCCCUCCACCGUACCCAUCCCAGGAAGGCAUUCCUGUGACUCCCAGCUACCUUCACCCAGUGCUCAACUGCUGCAGUGCUGUUUCCUCCAGUGCCUCUCUGAUUCCCACCCCAGGGUCUCCUCACUUCUGCCCUGCUUACCCUCUGGAUAACCUGGCUUUUACUGGAGAUGAGAGCUACACCACAUAUCCUGCAGAGAAUACCAGGAAUCACAGGUCAGAGGACAGUUCUGAUGAGCCAGAAGAACUGGGGGAAGACUGUGAUAACUUGUCACCUCCACCUUAUGAAGAAAUAUACCCACUGUCUUUGUAAAAUCACCAUGGACAACAGAUGAGAAUUCUAAGAAACGCCAACAUGAAUCCCAGAAAAUCUUUUCUUUAAGCACUUGUGUGAUAAGCAAGUGUGAGCAAGAUCUUGGUACUGCUACGCAGUUCAGUAUCACUGAAGAUAUUUAUCCAAUCCCUUCUUUUUCUCUGUCAAAAUUCAUUAGCCCUUUGUGAUGCAGUUUAAUAACAGAGCUAUUAAUUAUUUAAUAGCAAGGCUAUUAAACUUAAGGAUCUAAAUCCAUAUUAGGA